GUUGGCCGUCUGUCUUCGUUCUCCUAGAGAGAGAGCGAGCGAGAGAGAGAGAGCAUAUGGGCGUGAAUUUUCCAGGCACCAGCUCCUCCAGGCUGAAUGGCAACUCCCAAAAUAGCAGCACUGCGAAUUCUGGAUCCUCUGAGAGAGAAAAAUGGCUGAAGUAGUUUCACCAAUAACUCGACAAGUAACUAAAGGAAGCCAGGAAAAUGUGACCUGUUUUGUGGAUAUUAAUGUCAGAGACGUCGAAGACUGUUUAAUUUACGACCGGCAUGGAGUUUCUAUUCCGUUCAAGACCCUAUACCAAGACAGGAAAUCGGUCAUAAUUUUUGUGCGGAAUUUCUUGUGCUACAGCUGUAAAGAGUAUGUUGAUGAUUUGGGAAAAAUACCCAGAGAAGUACUGGAGGAUGCUGAAAUUAGACUGGUCGUGAUCGGUCAGUCUGCUUAUCAUCACAUAGAGUCGUUCUGCUUGCUCACGGGGUAUCCUUAUGAAAUAUAUGUGGACCCAGAGAGGCGCAUUUACCAAAAGCUGGGGAUGAAGAGAGAGGAGACAUUCACAAACUCUGCGCAGCCUAGUCCCCAUGUGAAGUCUGGCAUUUUUAUGGGCCAAAUCAAGACUAUAUGGAGAGCCAUGACUAGUCCUGCAUUUGAUUUUCAGGGUGACCUACAUCAACAAGGUGGAGCCAUCAUUGCAGGACCUGGCUCUAAAGUUCAUUUUUCCCAUCUUGACAUGAACCGCCUGGACCACAUGCCCAUCAACUGGCUCCUUCAGCUUGCAGGAGCUCAGCAAACGAUUGACUUCAGCCAUAAGCCGAAAAUCAUUCACAUCUAGUUAGGUGCCUGCCUGAAAGUGUGUUUCAUCCCACGUCACUGCUGUAAUCACACAUGGAGUCUAUAUACAAUCAGCUCCAAACUCUAAGAUGACUAAAUGAGUUUCUGUUGCUUCUUUUUUUCAUUUGAAUUCAACUUGAUUGACAAAUAGUACAUUACAAUGACUUUAUCAGCUUAACACACCCCUCUCUGCUCUUCCCUCAACUGUCUUGGCUUUAAUAACAUCACUCAAACUGAAAGUGCACGCGGCAAGUUUGUGCAGAAACCGAUAAGGCAUGUUUUCCUGGUACGAUCUGAAAGUGUUCCAAACAUCUUCUUGAGAAAUCAGUGAAUGCUUGGCCUUUGCAGUUAAAUGUUCAGCAUGGCUGAGGUCCAAUGACUGUGGAGGAAAAAGUUGAUGUCAGCCAGCACUCUUUAUUCGUAGUCUUAUAUAGUUUUCAAGUAGUUCUUGCAAAACUUUGACAAAUAAGACAACACGUCUAAUUUGUUACAGACAAAUUAUGUUACAGACAGAAAUCUCUCACUUGGAUUCAUCAUUACAUUGAUUUUUUUCCCCAGUCGUCUACUGUUAAGUUACAUUACUGUUGUGGAUAGACAAAUUGCAGCAAGAAGAGUUUUAUCCGUAACAAAUAUUUCAGUCCCAGCAUUCCCAAGUCUGUUAUUUAUUUCAAGGCUAGACAUUGACCUGACCAUAUUGCCAAAAACUUGGGAGAGGUUAGAAUCACUGGCCUUGCAAAUAGUACAGUUUCAUUAAAAAAAAUGCACUACUGGCAUUGUCCAGUGUCUCCAAUCACAUGUCAAGAACUGAUGAUGGUUGUUCUUGAUGCAGGAGGAUUUUCUCUGUUUUCAGUCUGUGGUCUGAAACAGCAGUAAACCCUUAUAUUCCAGUGUGUUUUGUGGUAUAAUUUUGUGCCUGUUUUGUAAUGAUAAGACUGAAUAGCAGCUGUUGCACUGAUUUUACUACCUUGUCACAUUCCCACUGCAAUCUGCAAAGUUUAUUAUAUUGUAAAUAAAGACAUUUUUUUAUUGUUA